UCUGUCUUUGUGUUGAAGUAUUCCUUAUUUCUUUCUUUCUUCUUCUUCUUCUUCUUCUUCUUCAUAAUUAAAUAUGGGAUUAAAUAUGGGAAAGUGCCGCUGUGCCCCACUUCUAAGCCCAGGUUGCUUUCUUCCCUUUUACGUGAAACUGUAACCCUUUUCACUUCUCCAUUGCUUGGCUCUCUUUUGUUUCCCUAUUUAUUUAUUUAUUUUCUAUCUCUAAUUGGUUAAUUUGUUUAUUCCCAUUAUUUCCCUUUCAAUCCUUUGUAAGCACUUGCAUCAUUCCUACCAUCAUAUUCCUCCCUCUCUUUUUCAAGUGGAAAAUCCGCAUGCUUCCCUGCCCUACCACUGAUUUUGAUAUAAAUCUCUUUCCUUUGUGAAUGCUUGUUUUGGGGUAGGCACUAGUAGCAGUAGGUCUUCUUGAAAGAAACAACCCAUCUCUCUUUCUCCCCCUUCCUGCACAAAUAUUGAUGGAAAUUGGACCACCCCAAUUUUCUUCUUCUCUUCACAGCCACUAAUCCAUUCCUCUGUUUUUUCAAGAUGUUUGGUUAGGGAAGGCAAACAACAGGGGCUAGGUUCUUAACCAUUUGAUAUCGAAUCAUCAUGGGUUUGGUUUGGCUGGUGCAUAUAUCAUCCCUUCUCUUCAUUGGUGCAUUCUGUGAAGAGAUUUCAAAACCCGAUGUCAUUAAUAUUGGAUCUAUAUUCACAUUUAGCACCAUCAAUGCAAAAGUUGCAAGGAUUGCCAUGAAUGCUGCGGUGGAAGAUGUCAAUUCUGAUCCCACCAUUCUUGGUGGUAAAAAACUGGCCAUUUCCAUGCAUGAUUCCAACUAUAGUGGAUUUCUCGGCAUUAUUGGGGCAUUACAGUUCAUGGAGAUUGACACCGUUGCUAUUAUUGGUCCCCAAUCCUCGGGGAUGGCCCAUAUACUUUCGCAUCUUGCAAAUGAACUCCAUGUCCCACUCUUGUCAUUCACAGCAUUGGAUCCCACACUCUCACCUCUCCAAUACCCUUAUUUCAUCCAAACCGCACCAAAUGAUCUAUUUCAGAUGACUGCUAUUGCAGAAAUGGUUAGUUAUUUCGGUUAUAGAGAGGUAACUGCCAUUUUCUCUGAUGAUGAUGGUAGCCGAAAUGGCAUAACUGCACUAGGUGAUAAGAUUGCAGAGAGGCGUGGUAAAAUUUCUUAUAAAGCAGUACUCCCCCCUGAUCCCACAGCAACGUGGGAUGAUGUUAAGAAUGAAUUACUCAAGGUUAGAUUGAUGGAAUCUCGAGUAAUCGUUCUGCACACUUACACAAAAACCGGUCUUCUUGUUUUUGAUGUUGCCCGGGAUCUUGGGAUGAUGGAUAGUGGGUAUGUUUGGAUUGCCACUACUUGGUUAUCCAGUGUUUUGGACUCCUCUUCAAUUUCUCCAAAUACCACCAAAUCCAUCCAAGGAGUACUCACUCUUCGUCUCCAUACCCCUGACUCAGAAAGGAAAAGGGUGUUCUCAUCUCGGUGGAAUCAGCUGAGUAAUGGUUCUAUUGGGUUGAAUUCCUACGGUCUGUAUGCUUAUGAUGCUGUUUGGAUGAUUGCUAAUGCAGUUAAAACGUUUUUGGAUCACGGUGGCACUAUUUCAUUCUCGAAUGAUUCAAAUUUAAGUGAUCUGGGGGGAGGGGCCUUGAAUCUUGCUGCAUUGAGCAUUUUUGAUGGCGGGAAGCAGUUACUUAGCAACAUACUGCAGACCAAUAUGACGGGUCUAACUGGUCCUCUUGGGUUUAAUCCAGACAGAUCUCCAAUCCAUCCUUCGUAUGAUAUCAUUAACGUAAUUGGAACUGGGUUAAACCGGCAGAUAGGAUACUGGUCUAACUAUUCUGGGCUCUCCAUUGUGUCACCAGAGACGCUUUAUGCCAAACCACCUGACCGUUCAAGUUCCAACCAACAAUUGCAUAGCGUGGUAUGGCCCGGUGGAACAAAAAUUCAGCCUCGUGGAUGGGUGUUUGCAAACAAUGGGAGGCGGUUAAGAAUUGGAGUUCCACACCGUGUUAGUUAUCAGGAUUUUGUUUCACCAGUCAAUGGUACUGAUAAUAAUACAGUCCAAGGAUAUUGCAUAGAUGUUUUUCUUGCUGCAAUAAAGUUGCUUCCAUAUCCUGUGCCUCAUCAGUUCGUUCUGUUUGGAGACGGUCACAAGAACCCAAGCUAUACUGAGCUUGUAACAAUGAUCACAUCCAAUGUCUUUGAUGCUGCUGUUGGUGACAUUGCAAUUAUCACAAACCGUACAAAGAUUGUGGAUUUUACACAGCCUUACAUAGAAUCGGGGCUAGUCGUCGUAGUGCCAAUCAGGGAGUUGAACUCAAGUGCUUGGACUUUCUUGAGACCAUUCACUCCGCUAAUGUGGGGAGUCACUGCAUCCUUUUUCCUUAUUGUUGGAUCAGUGGUAUGGAUUCUAGAACAUAGGAUAAACGACGAAUUUCGCGGUCCACCUAAGAAACAGUUGGUCACAAUUCUGUGGUUUAGCUUCUCAACUAUGUUUUUUGCCCACCGAGAAAACACAAUGAGCACGCUUGGACGCUUGGUUCUACUCAUCUGGCUAUUCGUGGUUUUAAUUAUUAACUCGAGUUAUACUGCAAGCCUGACAUCAAUCCUCACGGUGCAACAACUAUCCUCUCCCAUUCGAGGAAUCGAAAGCUUGAUAACUAGCAAUGGCCGGAUUGGAUUCCAAGUAGGGUCUUUUGCUGAAAACUAUUUAAACGAAGAGCUCAACAUUGACAAAUCUAGGCUUGUUGCGCUUGGUUCACCAGAAGAAUAUGCUAUGGCCUUAGAGAAAGGAACUGUUUCUGCUGUGGUUGAUGAACUACCAUAUAUAGAUCUCUUCCUCUCCACCCACUGCAAGUUCACUGUUGUAGGCCAAGAGUUUACUAAAAGUGGGUGGGGAUUUGCAUUUCCAAGAGACUCUCAGGUUGCCAUUGACAUGUCAACCGCCAUUCUCAUGCUGUCAGAGAACGGUGAUCUUCAAAAAAUCCAUGACAAGUGGCUAAACAAGAGAACUUGUGGUUCGCAGAGCACUCAGCUUGGAUCGGACCAGCUUAAUCUAGGGAGCUUCUGGGGACUUUUUCUAAUUUGUGGGAUUGCAUGCAUUCUCGCUCUGCUCAUAUAUUUCUGUUUGAUGCUGCGAAAGUUCAGCAAACACUUUCCUGAACUACACGAUUCUUCUAGUUCUGGGGGUGGCAGUUCUCGUUCUGCGCGUGUCCACAGAUUCUUGUUGUUUGUGAAUGAAAAGGAAGAGGUAUCAAAUAGCAGGUCGAAGAGAAAAAGGACAGAAAUGUUAUCUGGUACUAGCAACGGGGCGAUAUUGGAAUCAAUGAAUGGAUCAAAAUGAGAAGCAGGCAGACAUAGGAAUUUCGGAGGAGAGACAACAUGGUGUUUCUUAAAUUCAUUAGCGAGUCUAGUAAGUCCUAAUUGCAUCUCAAUUUUUAUCAGAAAAACUCACUUCACAAGACUGUAGUUGGUGAAACCAUAAAUGUGUGUAUCUGUGCGCGCGCCUGCUGUGCUUCCAGAUCACUGACGGAGGAGUUUGAGAACUGGGAGGGAAUGUAUAGAAAAACAUACAGAGCCAAAACUAACAAAGAGAAACUUAAAUAGUGCAUAAAAGCUCAUUCUGUAGAAUUUUUGUUUGGCUCAUCAAGGGAAAUUUUGUUAUUCCUUUCCAGUUGGAUUGUGUCACGUAAAAGUGUGGGUUAUAAAAAUCCUAAUAUCUUAUUUGAAGUGUA